AGAGUAGACUCAUGGAGUCGGGUGUAGCCAGUUGGUCCAGCUCUCCUCGCCUCACCGCCGGCAGCAGCUGCGUCAGCGUCAACAAUGGUGGAAUUCGACCGAAGGAGAGCACGAAAUCCAUGGAUGCCGACGGCUGCCGGACUACCUUCGUCGAGGCUGACACUGACUCCUUCAGGCAGGUCGUCCAGAUGCUCACCGGCCACGGCACCACGACGGUGGCGGGGAGCAAGGCCCUGCUAGGCCCCAAGAAGACGUGUUUCAAACUCAACGAGCGCCGUAGGAGCCUCAAGAACCUCAAAAUGAUCCGACCGCCGGCGCACUCGAAGAAGCCUUCGUCGCCGGCGAUCCUGUCGCCGAGCGUGCUGGACUUCCCUUCGAUGGCUCUGAUAAGCCCCAUCACGCCGCUGACAUUGGACCCCUUUCAGAGGACGACGGCGGAGGAGGAGGAGGAGGAGUGGGGCAUCCCGGAGAAGGGAUUCUACCUGCACUCGUCGCCGAGGAGCGCCGCGGAAUCGCCAAGGCUGCUUCCGCUGUUCCCUGUCACCUCUCCGAGGACGUCGUCCGCCGGUGGUUCUUCGUGAUGCUUUGGUUGCUUCGGUGUAA